AUGGUGCUGUCAGAAGAGGAAAAGGAGCAGCUGAAAUUUUUUUCAUUUUAUGCUUCCACGUUGCUUACAUCAAAGUCAAUGUUAAAAUUGGCUAUUUUACUUGUGUUACGUUUGACUUGUACGUUGGCACAAAACUAUGAAACAGGUGAUAAUUCGACCGUUAGAGGUUGCUCGAGUCAUUGUUCUGUUUACGACAGCGAUUUGACAUGUUUAAAUGGAUCAUUACAAUUUUACGAACGUCUUCUGCUGGCACAAAUGAGACAUUUUGUUGCAGUUCAAAUGCAUAUUGAUCAAUGGUACAAGUGGCAUAGUAAGCAUGGGCAUCGUAAUUAUACGACAGUAAAGGAAGAAAUAAUCGCGAAACUUUCUUCACAGUUGGAACCGGAAGAUGUAAUUGAUGAAGAGACAAUUGCUAAUGUAGUUAAUAUUCUGAUAGACGCGGUAGAGAAGGGAACUGAAACGAUAGAAGAACGAAUACCACGUUUCACCUGUCCAUUACCCUGUGAAUAUCGUUACGAUAUAUGGCGUAAUGUUUUCAUUGCUUCGAUGGCAUUGAAUUUACUGCUUGUAAUUGCCAUUAUUCCAUUUAUCAUAUCACUUAUUAGGUCUGAUGUUCCGGAGACGCUCGUAAGGAGAUAAAAUGUCUCUUUAAAACUAAUUUAUGUGGC